CUACAAGUCCUUCAUCGGCUGAAUACAAAAAACACAGUGCUUUAAGAAGUUGAUAAAAAACAAACAAGCAGUCUUUUAAACAAAAUUCCAGAAUGUUGAUGAUGAUGAUGUUGAUGAUGAUGAUGAUGAUGAUAAUGAACCUCAGAAUAGAAUGUUCAUUCCAAAUGGCUCCAAAGUGCCUAGUUUGAAAAUAAGUUAAUAAUAUAAUAAAUAUAUUGAUUAUAAAAUAAUAUAUAUAUAGUGGCUUCUAAUGUGUCGCACGUGUUUUGAUAGAUGUGAUAAUUCGUAUUACAUUAAUACAUUAUUUGUCAAGGCAACGCAAUGCUGUUUUUAUGGUGCAGCUAUAAAUGUUUUUACACAAGAAUCGGUCCUCCAUAAACACUGUGUUAAUGGAAAAUGUGGUAUUAGGACAUUUCAAAUUCUACUUUCUGUCUGUUACAUGAAUAAACAUACUUUUCUAAACCAUUCAAAGUACAUGGUAUUCUUAUGCUGCGUGAUUAAUCCAUUUUCAGAUAAUACGGCCGUGUCGGACACUGACACCGAUUCGAAUAGCUUAUAGGGUAGCAGUGUGGAGUAGUGGUUAGGGCUCUGGACUCUUGACCGGAGGGUUCUGGGUUCAAUCCCAGGUGGGGGACACUGCUGCUGUACCCUUGAGCAACGUACUUUACCUAGAUUGCUCCAGUAAAAACCCAACUGUAUAAAUGGGUAAUUGUAUGUAAAAAUAAUGUGAUAUCUUGUAACAAUUGUAAGUCACCCUGGAUAAGGGCGUCUGCUAAGAAAUAAAUAAUAAUAAUUAUAGAAUCUGGUGAUAACCGAUCACAUUAGCAGGUGAUAAGUGGUGGAAAGACCAAUCGUAUUUGAACUUACAAUCACGCAAUAUAGAAACGAGCGCCAGGAUUGAGAAGCACUGGUCCAUUAGAGGCUGAUCACAACUGACUUUGUCUUCAAUAUUUACCAACAGGAGUAAUUUAAUUUACAAUUUAAAUUUCUUUUUUAAAAGCUAAUUCAUGCCUCCUCAUAAAAUCGCAGUUUUUUUUCUUCACAUUCUUUGAGAUAGUCUCUUAUAUUAAGACAAAUUCAGAUACUUGUAUUCUUAGUAUAUCAUUUAUGUACUUUGUAAAAGCUAUUCAGUAUACUGUGCAUUUAUUAUACAGCAUAUUCAUAUUGUAAUUAUGUAGUAUAUUGUCGAUACAUUUUAAUGUAUAAUACAGUAAGCUAGAGGUUUAGUAAAUAUAUUCAAUAAUCUAAUCAUGCAUUAGAUCUGUACUGAAGCUGUUUCUGUUUCUUCCAGGUCAUCUCUUUGGAAAGCAGAACACAUUUCCAGUAGCAGAAUCUGCCUGCAGUGAAAACCUGGACUGGAAUGGAUCGCGUGGGCCAGAAGGGUGUUCCUGUCAGGCUGGUGGGUGGGAACAGCUGCUGCUCUGGGAGAGUUGAGGUUCUUCAUGAUGGCCAGUGGGGGACAGUGUGUGAUGAUUCCUGGGACAUGAACGACGCCAAGGUUGUGUGCAGAGAGCUGGGCUGUGGCUCCGCUGUGUUGGCUCCAGGAGGUGCUCACUUUGGCCAAGGGGAUGGAACAAUCUGGCUGGAUGAUGUGGCAUGCAGUGGAUCAGAAACCUCACUGCACAGCUGUGGAUCACAAGGAUGGGGUAAACAUAACUGUAACCACGGUGAAGAUGCUGGAGUGGUUUGCUCAGCAUUGCAGAGUGUUUGUGUCAGGCUGGUGGGCGGGAGCAGCUCCUGCUCUGGGAGAGUUGAGGUUCUUCAUGAUGGCCAGUGGGGGACAGUGUGUGAUGAUUCCUGGGACAUGAACGAAGCCCAGGUUGUGUGCAGAGAGCUGGGCUGUGGCUCCGCUGUGUUGGCUCCAGGAGGUGCUCACUUUGGCCAAGGGGAUGGAACAAUCUGGCUGGAUGAUGUGGCAUGCAGUGGAUCAGAGACCUCACUGCACAGCUGUGGAUCACAAGGAUGGGGUAAACAAAACUGUAACCACGGUGAAGAUGCUGGAGUGGUUUGCUCAGGUUCAAUGACAAAGCCUUCGGUGUCCUUGGUGUCCAGUUAUCCUUCAUUUCUACCUGGUGAAGAAGCCAGCAUCACCUGCACUGGCCCCUCCAGACUGCACACCAGCACUGAUUUCUAUCUGUACAGAAGUGGUUCUGGCAACUACAUCACAACACAGAGAGCUGAACCUUCACAGACCAGUGUGACUUUCAUUCUGUCCGACCUCUCUGAGUCAAAGCAAGGCAGCUACAGCUGUGUGUAUAAAGUAACGGGGAGAAGUGAGACCUUCAGCUCACCUCACAGUGACCCUGUACACAUCGCAGUGGGUUCAAUGACAAAGCCUUCAGUGUCCUUGGUGUCCAGUUAUCCUUCAUUUCUACCUGGUGAAGAAGCCAGCAUCACCUGCACUGGCCCCUCCAGACUGCACAGCAGCACUGUUUUCUAUCUGUACAGAAGUGGUUCUGGCAACUACAUCACAACACAGAGAGCUGCACCUUCACAGACCAGCGUGACGUUCAUUCUGUCCGACCUCUCUGAGUCAAAGCAAGGCAGCUACAGCUGUGUGUAUAAAGUAACAGGGAGAAGUGAGACCUUCAGCUCACCUCACAGUGACCCUGUACACAUCGCAGUGGGUUCGAUGACAAAGCCUUCAGUCUCCUUGCUGUCCAGUUAUCCUUCAUUUCUACCUGGUGAAGAGGCCAACAUCACCUGCACUGGCCCCUCCAGACUGCACACCAGCACUGAUUUCUAUCUGUACAGAAGUGGUUCUGGAAACUACAUCACAACACAGAGAGCUGCACCUUCACAGACCAGCGUGACUUUCAUUCUGUCCGACCUCUCUGAGUCAAAGCAAGGCAGCUACAGCUGUGUGUAUAAAGUAACAGGGAGAAGUGAGACCUUCAGCUCACCUCACAGUGACCCUGUACACAUCGCAGUGGUGUUUCUGAAGCAGCCACACAUCUCUCUGAGCCCGGCUGGCAGCGCUGUUGAGAGAGGAAACAGUUUUGAAAUCACUUGCAGCUCUGCAGAACGCUACACAGAGAGCACCUUCCUCCUCUUCAGAGUCUCUGCAGGCUUCAGUGAGAGAUGGAACAGAUCAGCACCAACCAUCAACCAGUCUGCCCACUUCAGCUUCCCUGCUGCAGACUCCACACAUGAGGGGAAUUACUCCUGUCAGUAUCAGACCCGGGUAUCGGGGAGAGUGUUUGAAUCCCAGCUGAGCGAGAUGCUCCACGUCACAGUCACAGUGUCAGUCCUGAUUCCAGUCCUGUCUGCUGUCAGUGCUGCUGCAAUGCUUCUGCUAUCAGUAUUUCUCAUACUCCUGAGAUGUAAAAAGAGAAGGACAGACAGCAGAGAGGAAGUGAGGAGCGCUGCAGUCAGGAUGAAUUCAUACAUUUCCAAAGGCGCUGGUAACCUGCACUCUGAGGAUGCUGGUGAGGUCUAUGCGAACACUGAGUUUUUCAAGGAAAGAAUUGAAUCUUUUCAGUCUUGAACAAAGUAGACUACGCGUUCAAGCUUGAUUCAAGCAGACAAAAUCCUAAAAGGUAUAGACAAUGUCGACCCAGGGGACUAAGAAGAGAUGAGAACUGAGGAUGGUAAAGAAGUCACAGAUGACCUGGACUAUGAAGAGAUAAGCGAACCAGAGUAUGAAAACUUUGAUUUCAAUCAGGGCAAUAAGGGGGGAGCUGAAGAGGAUAUCUAUAUGGAUUUCGAUUAGCAGACAGUAACAAGGUGGAACUGUUUUACAUUGAGGCCGGUACAAAAAUAAUCGCGAGGGAUGCUGUAGAGAUGAUACUGAAAGAUUUUUUAAAAAAAUCAAAUAAAAUCAGCUUUGACAGAUUUGCUCAAAGGCAGAGAACCAAAACAUGAUAAAUAAUGCUUUGCUAAGCUAUAGAAUGCCACUGCAUUAAAGUAAAACAAGAAACAUAUAGUAUUAUUUUUCCUUCAUUUUUUAAUGGUUAUUUACCUUUAAAUUUAGAGUCAUUUUGUAAAGUGUUAUUUUAUGGUUGUUCACCGUCACGUUUACAGUGAUUUAACAUUAGUUAAAAAUAUAUAUUUUACUUUCAUUUUAAUGGUUAUUUAACCUUCACAAUUUACAGAGGUUUUGUAACAUGAUUUAAAUGUUUGUAACACAGUGUUAGAAAUGUGCUGAGUGUUCUGGAAGCUUUGGCUGGGUUUAGAAUUAUUUCAGUAAAAAUAAGACCGAAGUUGAGUAAUAUUUUCAAUAUACAUACACACAUUAUCCAUAGAGGCUUUAUCCUAUAAAACCGUGGUUUUCAAUCUGUGGGUCGGGAUCCACCAGUGGGUUGUGAGGCAUGCUCAGGUGGGUUGACACAAUUUGGCUUUGAGAAGAUUACAUUUAACAAUUAUUAUUACCAUAUUAUUAUUUAUUUCUUAGCAGACGCCCUUAUCCAGGGCGACUUACAAUUGUUACAAGAUAUCACAUUAUACAUUAUUUCACAUUAUUUUACAUACAAUUACCCAUUUAGAGAGUUGGGUUUUUACUGAAGAAAUCUAGGUAAAGUACCUUGCUCAAGGGUACAGCAGCAGUGUCCCCCACUGGGGAUUGAACCCACAACCCUCCGGUCAAGAGUCCAGAGCCCUAACCACUACUCCACACUGCUGCCCAUUUACUCUGAACCACAGCUGUUAUUAUUAUUAUUAUUACUAUUAUUAUUAUUAUUAUUAUUAUUCAUGUUCCGGUCAGUCUGCUGUUGCACAGACUUUGGAUUGUGUUGAAAAGAAACAAAAGAAAAGCAAAUUUCUCGAGUAACAUUUUAUCAUCAGUCAAAUUUAUAGUGUGUCGCAUUAUUUUUUAUGUUUACUGGUGGGUCAUUGAGUUAAAAAGAUUAAACUCACUGCUCUAGAUGGGGAUUUUCAAUAUAUUUUAUGGGAUUGGAACUGGACCUGUUUUUUACACGUGUCUUGUGUUUAGUUUUGUACAGCGCUCUGAGAUGCCUUGGCAUGCCAUAUAAGAGAAUGCAUUUGUAUUGUAUUUUAAAAUCUAUUUUACCUUAAGCUUUUUAUGGCUAUUUACCAUUCAUAUGUACAGCAAUUUGUAAAGUGUUAUUGUAUUAUCAUAUUGGUGCCACGGUUUGCUGUGCUAUUGAAUACAAGAGCAUUAAAGUAAAAGAACAAACAAACAAAAAAACAACUGUUAUUUUCCUUAAUUUUUUAAUUGUUAUUUAAACUUCAAAUUUAUGGACGUUUUGUAAAGUGAUAUUUUUAAGUUUUAUUGUCAUUUACCUUCUA